AUCCGCGCCACGGUUCUGUACGUCAACCUUUGUUUUGUCAAAGAGCAAAGUCCCCUCAGCAUGAAGAUGACAGCUGGAUGGUGGUUGGUUGUCUCCUUGGCGACAGCCGUGCUGGCAGACGACCUGACCGCCGGCAACGAGAAGGAGGAGGAGUGGUCCUGCGCCCUCGUCGGUGGCAAGUGUGUGGCGAACGCUGAGAAGUGCUCCGAGAACUUGGCCGAAGCAUCAGACUGUUCCGACGGGUGGUGCUGCUUUGCAUCACUGGCGCGAUUUGACAAGAACGGGACGGACAUCGGUGAGAGCCUGGAACAUAAAUUGGGAGCGUCCGUGUGCAUUGUCAAGGAGAAAUGCUGGAAGAAGGGAGGGAAGUGCAAGGCAACGUGUAACCCCAACGAGAAGGCGAUACCCAAGGGCUGCAAGGGGAAUGACUGCCUCUGCUGCGCCCCUGUCAAGCAAAAGUGUAACCCCAAGGCAGAGUGCAUCGCCGCACACGGGGAGUGCAAGAAGAGCUGUGGCGCCUGGGACGUCGAGGUGAAGGGCGGGUGUGUUGGCGAUGACUGCAAGUGUUGCGUUGCGUCUAGCGAUGUUUGUGAAGGCCAGUCUCAGUGUGACCAGGGCCGCGGCCACUGCCGAGGCGCGUGUAAGAAUGGAGAGGCCCCGACAGACGCCCACUGCGGUGCGCACUGCACGUGUUGUGUGCCCGUGUCUGAAGUGUGCAAGGCCCAGCCAGCGUGUGACGAUGGAUGGGGGCAGUGCCGCUUCUCAUGCGAAAUUGGGGAGACAGAGAAACCCGGAGGCUGCGGCCACAGCUGCCGCUGCUGCGUGUCUGUGACUGACGAAUGCCUGGACGUGGAUAAGUGUGUCCAAGCAGGAGGCUCACUGAAGACCCGCUGUUCCGAGGGGGAGAAGCCCGUCGCUGGAGGCUGCUCACACAAGUACUGUUGCUGCGCCCCUGUCGAUGUAUGCCAGGCGCUGCCGUCCUGUGACGGGGGCCAAGGCCACUGCCGCGCCACCUGCUUCGUCAUGGAGAAGGAGAAGCACGGCCUCUGCGGCAACCACUGCAAGUGUUGCGUCGCUGCGAUCAACGAAUUCGCCGAGGUGAAGCGCUGCGUGAAGGCUGGGGGCUCCAUCAAGACCAAGUGUUCCUCCAAGGAGCGGGAGGUGGCCGGCGGCUGCUCGGCGAGCCAGUUCUGCUGCUGCGCCCUGAAGGACGUUUGUGACGCCAAGUCGGACUGCAGUGACGGCCGCGGCAUCUGCAGGAGCACGUGCAAUUCCCACGAACACGAGACCUCAGGGAACUGCGGCCCCCACUGCAAGUGUUGUGAGGCGACCCUGGACGUGUGCCACCCGGAGACGGAGUGUGCGGCGGCGGGCGGCACCUGCAGGACACGUUGUCCCUCCGGCAGCAAGUCGACCAGCGGCUGUCUAGGCGACAACUGCAAAUGCUGCAUCGACACCAAACUCGACUCCAAGUGUCAGGCCGAGCUGGCUUGUGACAGCGGCCGCGGGCACUGCAGGGACAAGUGCAACAGCUGGGAGGAGGAAGUGACCGGGGAGUGCGGCUCCUUCUGCAGGUGUUGUGUGGCCACGGUGAACGUUCUCCUCGAUCUGGAAAAGUGCAAGGACGCAGGAGGUUCGUUCAAGGGGUCGUGCACCAAGUCAGAGAAGGAGGUGGGCCGCGGCUGUCUGUCCAAGGGCUACUGCUGCUGUGCACCGGUGGACGUCUGCGAAUCCAAGCAGUGUGACGGCGAUCGCGGGCAGUGCCGUGAGUGGUGCGAGGCAUGGGAAGACGAGACACACGGCGGCUGCAGCGGCCACUGCAAGUGUUGUGCGCCCCAGAACAAAGUUGCGACGGAGCUGGCGGAGUGCGUGAAGGCUGGUGGACUGUUCAAGACGAAGUGUUCCAGGGACGAGAAGGAGGUCGGCGAGGGUUGCCACGGCUCCGACUUCUGUUGCUGCGCCCCCGAUGACACAUGCAACGCCCAGCCAACCUGCGAAAACGGUCGUGGCAACUGCCGGACCAGCUGCAAUGUUUGGGAGGAGGAGGUUUACGGCAACUGUGGAAGUGAGAGCUGCAAAUGCUGCCUCGCGCUUACUGGAGUGGUCGCCCUGAAGGAGGUGGAGAACUGCGUGAGUGGCGGCGGGGCGUACAGACACGAGUGCACCAAUGAAGAGGAGGAAGUGUCGGAGAGCUGCUCUGCCUCACACUUCUGCUGCUGCGUGCCCAAGGACACGUGUCAAGCCCAGCCAACGUGCUCCAGCGGCCGAGGACACUGCAGGACCUUGUGCAACGUCUGGGAAACGGAGGACAAGGGGAGUCACUGCGGGGAGAGCUGCAAAUGUUGUGUGGUGCCUACAGAAGUACACAAUGAGCUGGAGGAGUGCACCAAGGCUGGCGGAGCGUACAAGUCCCAGUGCAACGAGCUGGAGCACCCGGUGGCUUGGGGCUGCUCGUCGAAUAGCCACUACUGUUGCUGCGGCCUAAAGGAUGUGUGUUUGAACCAGCCGACGUGUGCGGGCGGCCGUGGACACUGCCGCUCGCACUGCUCCAAGCUCGAGAGGGAGAACCUCGCCGGAUGCGGUCAUGACUGCAAGUGCUGCACGCCCAUUUCUGACGAAACGGUGGAUGAGGCCAAGCGGUGCGUGGAGGAAGGCGGCUCCAUUAAGGCUAAGUGUUCCUCCUCGGAGAGACUCGUGGCCGGCGGAUGCUCCAACAAGUUCUGCUGCUGCGCAUCGACCGAGCAGUGUGUAGACCAGAAGGAGUGUGCUUCGGGUACUGGGGUGUGCCGCGGCCGCUGUGGUACCGCGGAAAAUGAAAUCAAAGACGAUCACUGCGAGAGCGGGUGCCGGUGCUGUGUGCCCUCCGGGGACGCUGAAUUGAUCGAGAACUGCCUGAAUGGAGGAGGCACCAUAAGGACCAAAUGCGCGUCCAAUGAAAUCACGGUUGGCGACGGCUGUUCCAACUCCCAUUUCUGUUGCUGCGGCGCCAAGGACGAAUGUCAAGCAAAGCCGUCAUGUGCCCAUGGACACGGCUUCUGCCGGAAAACGUGCGAGGACGAGGAGGAGGAGACCGACGGCAGCUGCGGCACCGGCUGCAAGUGUUGUGCGGCCAAGCUGAACGCGCGUGACAUCAAAUGGUGCUUGGAGGAGGGCGGCGCUUUCAAGACUGAGUGUAACACCCUGGAGAAGGAGGUGGCCGCUGGCUGCACCGGGGACGACCCCACGGUGUGCUGCUGUGCCCUGAAGGACGUUUGCAAAGCUCAAGCCACUUGUAAAGGUGACCACAGCGAAGAGCACCUAACUGGCAAGUGCAGAAGUAAAUGCAAUGUGUGGGAGAAGGAAGCCUUUAGCGGAUGCGGUCCACACUGCAAAUGUUGUUUGCCUCUAGUAGACGCUGAAGCGGUCUUCGAUUGUCUGGAGAUUAGUGCUGCGGGCAUCAACGGAGAGUGCGAUGAAUUUCAGCAAGAGGCAGGGGACGGGUGCCAGGGAGACGACUUCUGCUGCUGUACACAAACUUAAGAUCGCUAAUGGAAGUGCGAAUGGGAACUGCUGCUCCAGCUGUUCCGCCACGGCCACCGCCUCACGAGUGCUGCUUGGUGCCAAGGCUGCUCGUGCUGCGGACCGUGCGUGGCUGGGGUGCGCCGGGCCUCUCGCCUCGCACCGCAAACGCUCGUAUCAGACACAGAGCGAUGCAGCAGUAUUAUAUAAUAUUCACUGCGCUUCCUAACAAUAAACAUUUCAUUGCUUCA